AAUCCUUUUGAUAAGAUUAAAGUACCUACUAUAGCUACUAAUAAUCAAGCUGAUUUUGAAGCUGAAUUAGCUGUAAUAAUUGUCAAAAUCUUAAAAAUGUUUAUAGAGAAGAUGCUUUACAAUAUGUUUUGGGAUAUACUGUAG